AUGAUCUUUUGUUGCUGUCCCAAAAAAUCGACCGACAAAGUUGAGUCGACCAAAGAGGAGGGCCAAAUAGUUCCUCCGGCAGAAUUUGCUCCAGAUGAAGAGAACGUUAUUACAGUUGAACCCGCUCCUUCAAAGCCAUCUUCUCCUCCGCCAGCUCCGCCGUUGCCUCCGCCAAAAAGCCCAAGGGGAGAUAGUGUGGGAAAUGGAGAGGCGAACGGAAAUAUUGGGCAAAAUGAAGAUAGUGGUCAGAGAAUUGAAGAAAAUACGGAGAAUAUCGGAGGAGGAAGCCAUAUUGAGCAUAAUGCGCAUGUAGAACGUGUUUAUGUUGAGCAGGCCGAGCAUGGACAACCAGUAGAUCAUCAUGAAUAUCCAGAUGAGCCUGCGCCGGACUAUGAACCAAGUGUGCCUCCGGUGGAUUAUGAUGAUCAGUAUUCAGAGCAUGCAGGAGACCACAAAGGACAUGAGGAGCAUGGAGAUCAUGAACAAGUUCAAGGAGCUCAAGAAAGGAUUAUUGAACAACAUCAUCAAGAAGAACAUUUAGAUCAUCAUCAUCAUGAACCUGAUGACCAUCACGAUCAUGUAGAUCAUAAUGAACAUAUUCUUCAUGAACAAAAUCUUCAUGAACAUGUUCAUGAAGAAUAUGACCAUCCUCCAUAUGAGCCACAACAACAGGCAGAAGACCGUUCCCACAACGUGAUAUCCUCUCAAAACAGCACUGCGACACCUCCAAUGACUCCUAAAGAAGACACCCCGGAAGAUAGGGAACUCCACGAUCAUAUCAAGGAAGUAUUGUCAACGACUGUCGAGAGUCUACAACAUCAGACGAAAGAUGACCAAAAUGCUUUUAGAUUCAAGAAUGAUGAGUAUUUGCCCGCGGAUUCAGAUGCAAGGUAAGGCAUGUUGUUGGUGGAAUUGUUGGCAGUAGUUUGUUGUUGGAGGUUGCAGUGUUACACUUAAAGAAUACACAUUUCUUUCUGUGCACGGAGGUUUUUUUUUUGAAAUUUGAGGUUUAAAUAUAUAUGUCUCUAGUCGAAUCUAGGCUUGCAAACGAUUGUUAUGAUUAUGUCACUCAUUUAUGACCAUAAUCAUAACGUUUUUGAUACACAGAAAUAUAAAGUUGCGUAGCCAAAACAUCUCUAAACACAAGAUAAAUGCGUCACUUCGGAAGAAUCGUGCAGACGAAUCAUCUGAUGACGUCUUUGCCCAAUAUUUUGUAUGGUAUGUUAUAUAAACAUCUAGUUUGUACGUACCAUUGUGUGCUUAUCUACAAGUUGACCUUGAAGAUACGACCAUAACUUAUUGAUAAAAACACUUCCAACAAAAACAUUUUUUUUGAGAAAAAAGAUUUGUAAACAAAAACAUCUUAAAAAAUUGUAAAAAGUAAUUGUAAUACUGCAACUUCCAUUUAUUGCAUCCAAUUAUUACUGCAUGCCACCACUGAAUAUCGUGUUUUCCUUUCCAGAAAUUAA